UUUGAAAUCGCGUUCAAAAUAACCGUAAAUAUUCCACCCCUCCCCCAAACCCCAACCAUCCCGCUGGCGUGCGCUCUAUACGACCCCCACGAUGUCUCGGCAGUCGGGUCGCACGCCGCUGCCGGGGCUUGGUGGGGGCCACAUCAUCACGCUACUCCACAUCCUUCGACAACUGCUGCCACUGCCGCUCUUAACCAUCAUCCACACCAUCCGGCACACCAUCAAACGGCAACAAUUGGGACGACGGGCACACCGACAUCGACGCCACAUCACCAACAAUUGCAUCAUCCGGCCCAUCACGCUCAUCCGCAUGCCCAUGCGCAUUUGCAUACGCUGCAACAUCAACACCUGCAACAUCAACAACACCUGCAACAACAACAACAAUUGUCACAUACCCACCUUAAUUCAACGACAACAACGGGUAUACCUUCGUCGAAUGCAUCAUCUGCCUCGUCACUUUUGGGUACGGAAACUGGACUGCAACAACAAUCCGCCACACAACAAACCAACAACACACAUUCCACGCCCACUCAUGCGGUUAUGUAUGAAGAUCCCCCGCCUGUGUCUAUAGUUCAACAACAGCAACAGUCCCAUCACCUCCCGCAUCCACAACAACAGCAACAGCAACAACAGCAAUCUGCCAAUCAACAACAGCAGCAACAAUCUCAUAAUAACGUUGCAACAACACCAGUUGGUGGUCUAAGUCCUUCACAAACACCUUCGGGUCCUGCCUCACAUACACAGCAACAUUUAACAUCACCCCAUCAUCAGCAGCAGCAGCAACAACAAUCACAGUCAAACACAUUGCCCUCCAGUGCUACAUCAAGUAUUCAGCAGCAGCAACAACAGCAGCAGCAGCAACAACAACAGCAACAAAACACAGCAGUGGCGUCCGGCCAGACACAAAUUGUUGCGCCGACAGCGGCGAGUGUAUCCCCAUCCAGUGUUAGUUCCCAGCCUCCAGAUAUGUCCCUCUCAUUAGCUCCAUUGCAUAUACCCGCGAUAAGACCAGGUUUUGAGGCCGAUGCAGCCAGUGCAGCCGUCAAACGGCACCCUCAUCCGGCAUGGCCGUAUGAAAGCGAUGGCUUUAGCUCGGCCCAAUAUCAUCAUGCUUCGCAAUACUAUUUAGAAAGAGAUCGUAAGCCUGUAUUUUAUGGUUAUCCAGAAACGCAAUUUCAGCCUUACUGGAAUUACCGUGAACAGCCUACAUCCGCUGCUGCUGCAGCAUAUAUGAGCGCCAGUGAUGAUCGUCAUGCCAGUGUAACUGCAGCUGCUGCAGCCAGACAAUCGGUGGAGGGCACCUCUCAGUCCAGCUAUGAAACGCCAACCUAUUCAUCGCCUAGUGGUUUACGAGCGUAUCCAAGUGAGGCAUACUCAAGUACAGGUGGUUCAGGUGGCUUGUCUGUGGGUGCUGUGGGACCUUGUACGCCCAACAAUGCUUUGCAUGAAUGGACCGGCCAAGUGUCGGUAAGGAAAAAGCGUAAACCCUAUUCUAAAUUCCAAACCCUGGAAUUGGAAAAGGAAUUCCUUUACAAUGCUUAUGUCUCUAAACAAAAACGCUGGGAAUUGGCCAGAAAUUUAAAUCUAACUGAAAGACAAGUUAAGAUUUGGUUCCAAAAUCGCCGCAUGAAAAACAAAAAGAAUUCCCAGCGACAGUCAAAUCAACAGAACAACAACAACAGUUCGAAUUCCAAUCACAACCACAGUCAGGCACCACAACAAUUGCACAAUAAUCAUCAUUUGGGUUUGGGAUUGAGCAUGGGCCAUCAUGCCACCAAAAUGCAUCAGUGACCUUUGGAUAACAGCAGUGCUGGCACCACCAUGGGAUUUCCAACAUACUAACAUUUAGCCAAUAUAAAAACCGAAACUAUGACCGAAUAUCAGUGAGGUAAAACACUUGAAAGCAGAGCAAAGAAAGAAAACAAAACGGACACUUUAACAUACAUAGAGCAAAAAGAGAAAAAAAAUAUCCCAUGAGAAUUCAAUGUCAGACACUGCUGAUCAAAACAGUCUGCCAACAAAUUCAAGUCACACCAUCAACUACAGAAAAUAGGCUUCCCCCAUUAAAAUUGAACAUGUGAAAAGAAAACUUAUAAAAGGGGAUUUCGAAAAUGUGUGUACAUGAAUAAAAGGCAAAAUAUGUAGAAUUUAAUCUAAACAUAGAUACAUACAAAAAAUAUAGGCACAAAAUAACAAACAAAAAAGAAAACAUCAUUUAUACAUAAUGAAAAACAAGAAGAAGAUGAAAACAAAA